AUGUCUAUUCCAUUGACUUUAAGUACACCUAUUUUAUAUAUUGUUUCAAACUUAGGUUCAAAGUGUUAUUCGAAUGUCGACAGAAACUACUAUGACCAAAAGAUACUUAUGCGUAUAAACAACACUUUCUCUGCUGGUUUGCCUAUUGUUCAUUCGAAUGCAGAAUUUUCAGCUUUAGUAAACUCAAACACUUUAGCAAACAUAAACUUAACCUUAGUUGACGCAAACUUUGUUCCUGUAAAACUUUUAUGUCCUAUGUAUUUGUCAAUGACGGCAGAAAGUUUCGAAUUGGAAGAUGCAACUGGUGAAAGUAUUGUAUUACAAGAACAACUUCAACAACAAAUAGCUCAAGAACAACAAAUGCAACAAAUGCAACAACAAAGUCAAGAAUAA